UGUCAUCUACUGUGCUAAAGGUUCAAGAGUACUUAAAGCAACCCAGAACUCAUCUAAAGAAAAUUCCUGAAUCUGAUAGAACCACAGGACAAGCCCAAUACAUUGGUGUUUGUGACAAUGUUCAUCAGCUUAGCAUUAAACAAGCUGAGGAGUAUCUGAAAACAGUAAAUAGACAGCCGCUGGUACUUCCAUUCCCUGAACUUCUGCAACAAACAUUGAAGUCCCCUGUGAAGAGUUUUCCAGAUGUGCAUCAAAAGAAGUAUCCUCUUUCAGGAACCUCUCUUAAAGAAAAGAAUAAACAUCCCAACAUAAGUACAGAUUCUGUCACGAGUCUUCAGGAUUCCGAACCAAAGGAACAUCACUUCCCAUCAAACUCCAGUAAAGCAGGUCAACUUUCAGCUCUCCAUCACUUUUGUUGUUCUCAGGAUAAAACACAACCAACAGUUGUGCAACAAAGAGGGCUUUGUUUAUCGGUGCAACAAAAACCUGCAGCUUUUCACCCAAGAGAAGACUUUCAUAAAAGUGUUUUCAAGAAAAUGGGACAAAAGGAGUCAAAUAAAGGGACAGACAUCCCCUUUCCUGAAAGCUCCCAGACUAAACCUCCUGUAAACAAACACCUUUUCAAAAUCCUCAGAGGACGGGUCGACCCAAAGGCAGCAGAUUUCUGUCACUUCAGGGAGAGCUUCUGUCUGUGCUGGGACAGUGUGGGCGACGUCUUAGAGGCCUUACAAAAACUGCUCAGGGACUUUGCGGUGCCGUCAGCUGACGUGCACGGAGAACGGCUCGUGGAGCUGUGCCAUUGUUGGGAGAACAGCUGGACAAAGACCCCUUCAGCGGCCACUCUCCUUUCUGCUCUGGACAAUCAGAAGGAGGUGUUAGAUCUGGUGUCACGCCCGGGUCAGCGCUACAGAGGAGAGGGGGGCGCUGAGGCGGCUGCUGUUCGCAUCCAGUCCUCCUGGAGGAGCUAUUUAGCCAGGAGAGCUCACCUGUACCACUGCAGGCGCAAAUGGGCAGCUGGGAUUAUUGCCGUGUCAUGGUUAUUGUACACUCAGAGGCAGCAUGUCAGGAAGGCCCUACAGGCCAAGCGCAGUCGCCAGCUGGAGAAUAAUCGCAGCAGAGCCCAGCAUCUGGCAGCCAACUGGAAACACAUCCAGUCGUCCAAGAGGACCAUUAUCCACAUCCCUUCAUUAGGGUAUUCUCAGAAACAGCGUCUGAACUUGAGAAGGUUCGACGUCCUCCAGAACACGCAGAUAGGCCGACUGUGUGAGGUCAGAGAUGAAAACGUGGAAGUGAUCUACAUAUGCCCCCAGCAUUUGGGUGAAGACAUCCUGGACUAUUACACCAACUUCCUGAAGUGUGAUGGAGACACAGAUGGAGCCGGUACCGGGACUGGUCCGGCCUCAUCCCGCCAAGGACGCUUUGUCAUUCUCACACCGGAGGCUGUAGACUAUUUCCCUAACCAUAAGAUGUGUCUGUCCACGCUACUGAAGUACAGUCCACUCACUCUGAAGCGUGUCAGAGGCCUGAUCGAGGGGAGGCAGGCGUACAUCGUGGGUGGCGUGGCUCACGUCGAUGACCUGGCGGUGGCCGAUGAGUUGAACGUGCCGAUAUUGGGUCCAGAACCAGCUGUUUCACGGCUCUGCAACAGCAAAUCUGAAGGGAGGAGGAUCUUUGCUGCUGCUGAAGUUGAUGUACCACCCGGGCAAGGAGAUGUCUAUUCUCUAAGCCAGCUUCACGAGGUUCUAGCGAAGCUUAUAGUUCAAAACAUCCCUGUGCGGCGCUGGCUUUUUAAGAUGAACUCACAUUACGGCAGGAGUGAUGGAACAGCAUACUGUGAUGUUUACCAUCUGAGCUGCUUCACAUGGGCCCUGCAGCAGUAUGAGCUCUACAGUCCUGAUCUGUGGAAGUCUGAAUCGAUUCAGGAGUCUGUGAUGUCUAAACUUUUAGAUGAAAUCCCACACUGGCUUGCCCAUCAUGCCCAGCCUGCUAGAAGCUCUUGCUAUCCUUCCUGGACCUGCUUCCUGAAGACCUUCCUAAGACAAGGUGGUACAGUGGAAGCACACCCACCUUCAGAGAGCAUCACCUUCCUAACAGUUGAUUUGCUGCUGGAGCCUGGAGGAGGAGUGAGCGUUUUGUCUUGUGGAGACCAGCUUUACGGCUCCUGUCAGCUGGAGGCCGUAGGCUCCGCCGUCCCUCAGACCUCUGUACAGCCAGAGACUUUACACUCCUUCUGCAUCCGUGUGGGUCGAGCUUGCCAGCACUAUUUUAGUGCAGGUUAUGUCUCAGUAGGCCUGGCUACCUUCACAGACCUCAACACCACCGAACAGAAGGUGUGGGCUGUUGAUCUGAGCGUUGCAUACAGCAACCAACUGUCCAUGACCCAGACCCUUCUGAUGAUGACUGGAGGAACAGCGGAUUGGCGCACAGGCUGUUUAGAAGCACCUGUGUUGAAAAUUGAAAACCAACCUCAAGUGGAAAAUUGUCAUGCAGUCAUCGGAAGCCACUUGUUUCACUCUAACCUCUCCGUCUUGUACUGCGAUGUCUUCUUCAACAUGUGCAAGCUACGUGGCAUUGGAUUUGACAUGAAGAGCAAGCAGGGCACUGUUUUUGUUCCCUACAACUGCAGAGAGCGAUGCAGCAUUGGGAUGAUAACCGUCUCAAAGGAUCUCGAGCUGGCUCUAAUGACCUUUGCUCAGAAUCUGUCAGUCAUUCAUCAGGAAAUAUCCUCGAGUAAACUGCAAAGAGAAACCAACUUUAAGGAAGUGGUGGACAACAUUGAAAAACUGCUACAGACCAAGAAGAAAUCAAAAGAUAAGGAUGCAGUUUAGGAUGCUGCUACAUUAGCGGAAUUGCUGUGUUUAACAGAAAUCAGUACUAAUAAAAUGUAUUUUUAUUUGCA